UGUGUUUUGCAGUUUACAGAACUGCAGGAGGCGGAAGCUGCCGCGGCUCUGCCGGAACAGAUUCAUUCGACAGGCCAUUUAUUGAUCACUGAUCUGGGCUCGAUGCCACGCAAAGACAGCGUGAUCCGUCCUGUGUUCUUUAUAAAGGAGCAGGGAGGAGCGGAAAGGCAUCACGUAAGAUUCAGUAAAGGGGGAGAAGGUCGCGGUAAGACCGGUCUUGGGACUUUCUAAGGCAAAGCUGAGUUGGAGAAGCGUUAAGCCAGAUUCCGGACGGAGGAAAUGGAGUUUCAGAUGGCAAUAUUUGUUCAAGUUGCACUGAUGUUCCCAGUCAUACUCCAUGAAGUUACGGCAAGCCCCAGCCCUGCUGCUAAGAUGGAUAACUCCAAAUCUGUCCGUUUCUUGGCACUCGGUGAUUGGGGUGGGCUCCCAUUUGCACCAUACACAACACCUGUGGAGAAGACUACAGCCCACCAAAUGGGGGUUGUUGCCGAGACCAUGGGCGUCGACUUCAUUCUGGCAUUGGGGGAUAACUUCUAUUUCAGUGGAGUUAGCGAUAUUACUGACAACAGAUUUCAGGAAACAUUUGAGGAAAUCUAUUCUGCCAAGUCCCUGAAGGACGUACCCUGGUUUGUUGUAGCAGGAAACCAUGAUCACUCGGGCAAUGUAACUGCACAGAUCGAAUAUUCCAAAGUAUCCAAGCGAUGGAAUUUUCCACAUUAUUACUAUGACCUGAAUUUCACCAUAGCAGGCACCAAUAUCACCAUUACAAUACUGAUGCUGGAUACAGUUCUGUUAUGUGGAAACUCUGAUGAUUUCUUGGGAACGGAACCAGAAGGACCAAAGGAUUACAAUGUGGCCAGCACACAACUGAAGUGGAUUCAGGAUAAGUUGAAGGCUUCCAGGUCAGACUUCCUGAUUGUGGCUGGUCACUACCCAGUUUGGUCAAUUGCGGAGCAUGGACCCACCAAGUGUCUGGUUCAGAAAUUGUAUCCCCUGCUCACUCAGUACAGGGUCAGUGCAUACUUCUGUGGACAUGACCAUAACUUGCAGUUUAUUCAGGAUAACAAUGGGAUUGGCUAUGUCCUAAGUGGAGCUGGAAACUUCAUGGAAUACUCAACCAAACAUAAGCAUCAUGUUCCAGAGGAUUGGUUGAAAUUUUUCUAUGCAGAUAUUAGCUCCUUAGGUGGCUUUGCUUAUGUGGAGAUAACGCCGGAGCAGAUGAUCAUCACCUUCAUCGAGGCCCUUGGUAAAUCGCUGUAUCAGACCUCCAUCCCCAGGCGAUCAGACAGAUGACGAUUCAGCCAUUUUGGCUUAUGCGAUUCAGUCUCUUGAAGCUGGUUUGUUUGCUGAAGCUUUGUUCCUAUUAGCCCAAAUCUGUGAAAUGGAACACACCAGCUUCCUCCCAAUACAAAUGUUUGAGUUCUGUUGCUAAUUGCCACACCUAGGCAGCAGAGUGCCAACGAUUCCUUUCCUUCCAACUUAGCAAUACAAUACUCUCAUUCUCAGGUUUUGGCAGCUCUCAGAUCAAUUUCAUAUUUGAUAUACAUAUCAAAUUGCAUUUGCAAUUAUUGAAAAAAACCACAAGCAGUGGCUCACUGCAAGGAUCUAUGACCAGCCAUGCUUGUCUUAGUAGUUAUGACCCGAUAGGCUUUUCUGAAACACAAUUUUUAAUGUGUUAGUAAACUUUAUUUGCAAAGAGAUGCCAACUUUUUACUGCGCAGGUAGCAGCAUAUGACUGUGUUUGUUGCAGUUCAUGUUAAUCCUGUUCUGAUGUUUGAACUUUUUAUAUGUUUGUAAAUCAGUUUUUUGGACGUGAAUUGUUCCAAUUUCUCUGGGAUUCUUUUGUACAAUUCUGGACUAUUGAGCUUUUGAAUAAAUCUUAAACAAAUGCCA